UUAAUACUAAAUAAUCAAAACGUACUAAAUACUUGGUUUAGAGUUAGAACAUUGUAGACUGACUGUUCAAAUAAGAAAUCAUUGGGAAUAUUUCAUAUGGUUAUGUUAUUUAUUAUCAUAUUGGUAGCAUGCGUUUUGAAAUCAUUUUCAUUGGUUCAUGGCAAUAAUCAACCUCCCCCUGUCUCCCCAUACACCGCUGCAGCCGGGCGUCUUGUGUACUACAAAUCCACUUUAUGGCUACCGAUGGCUUCGUAGUAAAGAUCAGCCGCCAAAAUAUUUACCUGUGAGAUAGAAAGCGUAUUCUGAGUGAAGGAACGAUCAAAAAUCUUUGAAAAUGCCGAGAGUCAAAGCAUCGCCGAAGAAGUGCAUCAAGUCGAAUGUGCAGCAGCCCACAAACAACUGGUUGUUUAUGCUGAAGGGUGAAGCUCUUGAGUUGUCUGAGCAAUACACUGGCAGUGGAACUCCAGAUAUUGUUACAUUACGACAUCCAAACACAGGAGAUACUGCAAUAUUUUUGUUUUCACCAGCAAAUAAUUCAGUUCAAGAGGUGCUCACAUUCAGUGAGGGUAAAAGAUCAUGGUUUAUCGAUGAUAAUGUAAAGAGUGAUGGGAAAAUGCAUUUGUCUACUCCAAUUGAUCCAAUAUUCUUAGUAUUACCAUAUUUAAGAAAACACACAACAACACAUGCAGUGCCAUUAGAUCAACUAUUAAUGGAUGAUGACUUCCCAGAAACACAAAGAUUGCUCAAAUCUAGUGGAUUAAAAUAUCUCAAUUUGAUCGCUGACAAAAAGAGUGAAGAAUUAAAUGCAUUUAAAUACAAUGAAGAAAAGACAUUGCUAUGGCUAAAAAAGAAGACUGAACGUGUCGCAGAUAUUCUCAAACAAAAAAAUAUUCAUGUUUCUGGAGGAGCUGUGUCAGCUACUUUCGUGAAAUCCAGCAAGAACGAAACCCAAGACAGUGAUGCGUACUUACGUUAUGCUGCGGGUAUUGUCUCCGAGUACUUAAUGGACGAUCUGAGUCAGAAACUUUUCAAAUAUUUAAACCUCCCUGAAGAAGCGCAAAUCUCUUUAAAGAGAAAGAGCAUGCCAGGUGGCGAGCCAGAUUCGAAGAAGGCGAAGACAGAGGAGGAGAACAAAAUCGGUUCGUCCAAUGUGCUCGACCUGAGCAAACCUGACGGAAAGCCGGCCAAGCCGACGAAUACAAGUGCCAAAGAAAAGUCCAGAGCCAAAGCUGCUGGUGGUAGUAAAAGCAUAACUUCGUUUUUCAAAAAGGCGUAAUUCGCCCAGCCGCCAGUACAACACAAACACUAGAUUUUAUGAACAUUCCGUUUUAUUAAUUAUUACUUUUUAUAUGAAUGUAAGUUUUAUUCAUGUGUUCGAUUUAAACAGGUAAGGAAUGGUGGUACCGGUGAAACAGUAUAGCAUUUCGAUAGUGUAAUGUUAGAAACGUGUAAAACAACUUCCAACUUGAUUAUUGUGCUCUGUACGUUUUAUACUCAACUCAAAAAUUACGAAAUGCUAGGCAUUGUACUUAGUACUGAUUGAAUCUCAUGUUUAAACCUACUCUCGGAACGGAAAAAGCUGAUGAGAGCACCGCGGCGAAUAUUUUUACACUAAUGAACGUUCAAGACGAGUGAUGGCGGAACACCACAAACUUGUACAUUACUUGUAUCAUUCGAAAUGUUCCGUGUGUUUCAUGAGCUUUCCUAUGGUGUGUGUUUCUCUUAAUAGGAUAUAAUACUGUAAGACUUGUAAGACAUUGUAAGAUUAGCAGACUGAAGUCUACUCUUGCGCUCGCAAUAAUUCCUAUUAUGUAAACGAAGCGACUGUUUUUUUUUUUAUUCCAAUGGUUUUUGAAGCACUGUCAUGACAUUACAUGUUCCUCUUUGUUUUAUUACUGUGAAAACUUUUAGAAGAAGUUUAUAAACGCGUUUUUCUAUUGUAUUCAUAUUUUUGAUAUUAUUUAUGGCUGUUUACUUUUGUACAAGGAUAACUUUGAAAUCAAAAAAGCUUUGAUAUGCCUAUGUUCAAACUUCGAAUACUUAAUAAUAAAAAGGUAAAUGAAAAGCAA